GGAAAAGUGGGUUCUCAAAAGCGACUCCACCUUCAGCAGAUGUAAGUUUGCUGUUUUGGCCGUUCUGCUCAAGUUUUCCAGCGUUGGAACAUCCGGACGCCCGCUUUCCCCCGACGAGCUCCAAACCGAACGACGCGACUGUGACGUGAGGCCUCCAGGGUUGCGCCAUGGCGAUGAGCAAGGCCUUGCUGUCAACGCCCCUUCUGAUGGGGCACAAAGAGGCCUAUUUGCCGCCUUUGCAAAGUCUGCCCCACGCGGUGCAAAUUCUGGUGGGGCCCUCGCUGAUGUGCUUCGUCUUGGGCCUGCAGAUGCUCAAGAAGCAACUCACCAACAGCCACAAGAGCGAGCUGUAUCAGCACAUUUGGAAGUUCAUCUCAAAGGCAGAAGCCCGUGACAAGACAGGAAGGAUCGUUCAAUAUUUUUGUCGAUUCCUGCAAGGCUUUCUGGGGCACAUGGCACCCGAGUUCUGGCUGCAGGGCUGGAAGCCGGUCAUCGCCGAGGUGCAGACGACCCUUGCGUGGGCAAGGCGAACACACAGAUGGGGCAAGGAGCUGCCACACAUCCCGGUCUUAGGUCAGGCCAUUCAGUCGGGCGACAUCUUGGAGGCCACACAGCGAGCCGUGCUGAUCACCUUUCUGAUUCAGGAUCACAUCUACUGGCUCUUGAAGGUCGGCAUUCUCAAAUUCCAGAACUACACGCCCAUCGAGUGGCAUCGCCGAAAUCUCAGGUUCAUUACCUUCUCCCAUGUCCUGAACUUCUCGCUCUGCGUGCGGGAGAUCUCCCGCAUCCGCCAGAAGCAGCAGGAUCCGAAGACGGACAACGAGGCGAUGAAGAAGGCAGACGCCGCGGUGUAUGACAACUUGAAGAUGAUGCUCAGGUACGUCUUGACCUUCAUUCAGAUGCUGCAUGUCUCGCAGGUGAAGAAGAUGGAUGACUGGUACAUCGGGCUGAUGGGCAUGAUGUCAUCCUUCAUCGACGCGUCCAAGCAGUGGUAACAUCGGAGUCCCAGGAGAAUCUGGGCACCUCGACACUGAUCCGGACCUAACCCGGCGAGCAGACGGAACGGUACAUCCCCGGGUGCCUUGCAACGCGCAGUUGCAGGGGUUGAUUUGUGAUAUUCUCCUGCGUUCAAUCUGAAAGUCAACAUAGGCAAG